GAAAGUAAAUGAAGGAGACAAUAAAUCUCUUGGAACACCGGAUCAAAGUUUAUCAACAAAAACGGUGGCCAUGCCGUGAGAUCCUUUACUAAAACUUUGCCCGCUUAGCCCGAUCUCAGAGAGGAUCCAAAUUCGGGUCUGGUACAAUACCGAAUACCCAACAACCACACCUAUAAAUACCACCCUAAUCUCCACCUCAGUCUACAGUCUUCACCUUUCUCAAAUCGCCACCGACUAUGGAGCCGUCUCGCGCUCCUAAAUCAUCUCCAUUUCACAAAAACUCUACUUCCCGCAGAUUCCCAAUCACUCCCUUCCUCAUUUCCCUCGCCUUUCUUCUCCUUACAACCUCGGCAACCUCUGCACCAACAAUAAAUUCCUUUAAUUUCCUUGAAUAUUACGCCGAACACUGCAACAACGUAGUCCCUGAAUCACCAAUCACAGGUACUCUCAUAAACAAUGCUUCUUUCUUUGAAGACAAAAUCAAAAUCCUUAAUUUUGAUGUCGCAUACUGUACUGGUGGCUCACAAAUCAUACCCAAAAAAAGGGACUCUGAUUCGGCUCCGAGUGUCCUCUCUUUUAAGCCAAAAAAAUUCGAUCUUCAGCAAACUGCGAACCCUUAUGUGGUUUCCCUUCGAGGGUCUCUUAAAUUUCGCUUUCCUGCUCGGUUUGAUUGGAGUAAUGUGACACGGGAUCGCAGGAAUUCGAAGAGAAUCCGGUACCGCCCACCGAGAAUUCCAGUCAGGUCGAGGUAUCUACUGUUUGAGCUAUAUGGGUUCUGGUCAAUGAAUACAGGGAAGCUGUGUAUGGUGGGAUCUGGUUCAGGUAACAGUGGUGUAAGUUCUUUAAAUGCUGCUUUUAAGGCUAAUUAUCCUGUGGGUAUUAGUGACUUUAGUGGCUUGAUUAAUGGGGUUUUGGAAAGUUUGGAUUUUCAGGAUAGUUUUGGUUAUUUUGAGCAGGUUUCGAUUUUGGGCAUUCCUCAUUUUGGUGAAUACAAGUAUACAUUGGUAGAUAAAGAGAAUGUGGAUGUGGGUUUUAGUGGAACUUAUGAUAGUGUCGGGGAGAGAGAGAAUUUGCCUAUCGAAUCGGUCGAUAGAAGUAUGUGUUUAAAUGAAAUGUAUAGGCAUGCUAGGAUAUUGGAAUUGGAGUAUGGGAGUGAUUGUAGUGGUGAUAAUGGUGGUAAAUGUAAUCCUCUUAGUGGGAGUUCUGGGGUUUUGCCGAAGAUUAUGACGAUUCAGGGAAUUAGAUGUGACCAUGAGCGUGGGCGUGAAGCUCGGGUUUUGAUUGGGUUUUCAGAUUCUGCCGUUGUUAAUGUUUAUGGACCUUAUGGCUCUGAAAGAGUUUUUGAUCCUUAUACAACGCUAAUUGGCGAGGGGGUCUGGGAUGAGAAGAGGAAUAGACUAUUUGUGGUUGCAUGUCGUGUCUUGAAUUUUGAUGAUUCAUCAGCUAAUGCUACUGUUGGUGAUUGCUCGAUUCAAUUGACCUUGCGGUUCCCCAGAACCUUGACAAUUAGAGAUCAGAGUGUUGUAGUGGGGCAAAUUUAUAGCAACAAAACUGUGAAUGACACGAGCUACUUUCCUGGAAUUGGGUUUCAUGGUUCUGAGUUUCGGACAAGGCGACUUCGAGGUCUGGCUUAUGAGUAUACUAUGCUUGACAAGGUGCAUAAAUCUUGUGCAGAAAAGAAGUCCAUGAAAGGUAAAGGAAAGACAUACCCACAUGGUUAUUCAUCUGACAUGCGGUUUGAUAUGUUAGUGAGAAAUGGAAAAGGACACGUAGCACAGGGCUUUUCAACCCCAUUGUUUGUGGGUUAUCAGCUGUUUGAACCAUAUCCAAUGACCAACAACUACAGUGGUCAUCUAAAUAUUAGCUACAAGAUGUUGUUCACGGGUAUGCUUCCAUCAAAUGACUCUGGCACAAUUUCAGCUGAAGGAACGUACGAUGAUGAGAACGGGGUUCUAUGCAUGAUAGGUUGUCGGCAUUUGAUAUCACGUUUGGGAAAUUCAAUGAAAAAUGAUUCAACUGACUGUGAGAUUCUUGUCAAUGUCCAGUUUUCUCCACUGAAUGGAAAGGGUCAGGGUAACAUCAAAGGAACCAUUGAAAGUGUAAGGAAAAACUCAGACCCUCUUCACUUUGAGAAGCUUGAGAUAUCUUCAAACUCGAUUUAUAGGCACCAAGCUGCGGAAUCCAUUUGGAGAAUGGAUAUGGAAAUAACCAUGGUUUUGAUUUCUAAUACUCUUGCUUGUAUCCUUAUGGGUUUGCAGCUCUAUCAUGUGAAAAGGCAUCCUGAUGUGCUACCCUUCAUUUCUUUUAUGAUGCUUCUUGUUCUUACUCUGGGUCAUAUGAUACCUCUAUUGUUAAAUUUUGAAGCCUUGUUUUUGUCAAACCGUAACCAACAAAAUGUUUUUCUUGAGAGUGGUGGAUGGCUUGAAGUCAAUGAAGUAGCAGUAAGGGUGGUAAAGAUGGUAGCCUUUCUUUUGAUAUUCCGGCUUCUCCAACUCACUUGGUCUGCUAGGCCGAGCGAUGGAAGCAACAAAAACGUGUGGAUUUCUGAGAAAAGAGUUCUUUAUUUGUCUUUACCGAUGUACAUUGUUGGUGGACUCAUUGCAUGGUAUGUGCAUCACUGGAAAAACACUUCUAGGAGCCCACACCUGCUACAAGGUCAUAAGGUUUACCAACAACAUUAUCCCUGGACAGAUCUUAAAUCAUAUGCUGGUUUGGUUCUGGAUGGUUUCUUACUCCCACAGAUAAUGUUUAACUUAUUCUUGAACUCUAGUGAAAAAGCUCUUGCCCCUUCGUUUUAUGCUGGGACAACUGUUAUUCGUUUGCUGCCUCAUGCAUAUGACCUUUACAGGGCUCACAGUUCCGCAUGGUACCUUGAUUUGUCAUACUUGUAUGCAAAUCACACAUAUGAUUUUUAUUCUACUGCAUGGGACAUCAUAAUCCCUUUGUGUGGCCUGUUGUUUGCUAUCCUCAUUUACUUACAGCAGCAAUUUGGUGGUCGUUGCUUUCUUCCAAAGAGAUUUAGAGGGGGUCCUGCAUAUGAAAAGGUUCCCAUAGUUAGCAACGAGGAACUGCAAGAGAUAACAACUCAUUGAAGAUUUUGUGACACUGAAUGACUGCUUUGAUGCAUGAAAACAACUGAGCCAAUAAAGCUUAUAAUUAUAAUUUGAUCUUCAGAAGUCAUAGUCUGUUCUGAUCAUGGUGAUUUGAAUUUAGUUACUAGGGGACAACUGGAGAAGGUCAUAAUAUCAGUCACAUGGAAAUCUCAGAAAGCAGAUUCAGAAGACGGGGGCAAGCUGUGGACUGGAGACUACCUUCUUCAUCUACCUGUUCCAUGGAACUUCUUCCUUUGCAUCUCAAGAAUGCUUUUCAAGUCAGUAUUUGCUGUAAAUGAACCAACAAAGCGUUGCCUCAAGUCUUAGUUAUCCAUAGGAACAACUGAUUUUUUUUCGUCAUCUAUGAAGCAUCAUUCGAUACUUGAUGUAUAUUGAACUUAAUCUGUGAAGGCUUUGAUACUUACAGAGAAAUGGUGUAGAUAAUUUAAACUAAACAUGGUUCUUCCUCCCA